AUGGUUCUUCCGCGGCUCCUGGCCGUCCUGCAGCACCGCCCGCAGCUGGUGGAGCGUCUGUCCGAGUCUAAGCGCCUCGCGGGGUCUGCACUGAUGCAGGCCCAGCUGUGCCGCCAGGACGCAGCCCGGCGUCUUCGAGCCCUCGUGGCUGGGCCCGCGUGCUCCCUGGGUCGCCACGCUGCCCACUUUAGAGACACCUUCACUGAGGAGCUGCGCUGCGGCCUCUGGGAAUGCCCAGGGUCACUGCCAGGUAACCAGAGGGGCCCCAGAGCUAACCCCUAA